AAAUACCGCAGAGCCAUCUGCAUGUCACCUGUCACUGAUUUUUACUGAAUGCCAAAACUGAUACACAAGUUCAUUUCUGAAAAUGUUGUCCAUUGCCUUUUGUGUCAAGCUUCUGGGAAAUCCCAAAGUAAAGAAGAAAUCCUCAAGACUUAACAUCAAGUUCGGAAAACCAAUUCUGGAAGUAUCUUAUGAGUUCAUAAACAUUAUAAUAUGGGCAUUCUUCUUGAUGGUUGGUGUUAAUAUAUUGUACUCCGGAAGAUUAAUGUACAACGCAAUUUACAUAAGAAACCACGUCGGUUAUUACAUAGACCUUAUUUCUAAAAGGGACGGAAAUGUACUACCCCUUCUCCAGGCUUUGCCUAGCAUGAUAUUUCUCUUCAUAAAUUUGUUUGGAGUUUACUUAGUAGUGAGAGUUAUGUCUUCGAGGGAAAGACAACCAAAAACCAAUUGGAUGCUUUAUUUCGUCGUUCUCCUGAAUCUGAUCAUGAUUGGCGUCGGUUUGAUUUUAGUCAUAGUUGUUUUGAUCCACUCUUAUGGAAACCAUCAAGGUUUGCAUGAUGGUAUAAGAGGCGCUAUGAAAAACUAUGGCACAAAUGAAAAGACUAAAUCGCAGAUUGACAGAUUGCAAAUAGACCUGCAGUGUUGUGGUAGUCGGAAAUACGACGAAUGGUAUGAAAUUGAAUGGUAUGACAGUGCUUUAAUCUCUAAGGGAAGCAAGGAAAACAGAACCCAAACACCAUUCAGCUGCUGCUCAAUGAAGUCUUUAUCUCCUUGCAUUCAUUAUGAUAUCGAGGAGACUGGAAACGUGUAUACCUAUACACCUGAAUAUAAUUUGAGUAUAUCCACGGUGGGAUGCUUUGACAUGUUGAAGAAGAGGAAACAGAACGUGGGGUGGGGUAUAAUAGGAAAACUACUAUUAGGAUUAUUCCUGCAGGCUUUGUUGACAAUACUAGUGAGAUUCAUUCAAACUGGUCACUUCGAAAAAUUUAAAUUUGAAGGUAGAUCUAGGACAUACAUUAUAUGGCUAUUCGGACUUUACACUGGUAGAAAUCUGAAAAAAACGAAAGAAGCACCUGAGCCUCCUCCUCUUCCGCCUGAACUAGAGGAUUCACAAUGAAGUGGAGCUCUUAUAUGGUGAAGAUAUUGGCGUUGUUUUUCAUUUUAGUUGAUUACCGUUAAUUUUUCGUUAUUUAAUCAAAUAAAU